CUGAAGCUAAAGGCAUAGUCAAGGUUAAUGCUCCUUUUUCUUUAUCCGACCUCUCCCAAAUCAGUUAGCGUUUAGACUCUUUUUCAUCAAAUAUAAAAAACCCAGCCCAGUUCAUGGCUCGUUCGGCAGCAACCCUGAGACGCUUUACAGCCCUAGACCCUAAAAGGUCAAAAGGUCGUCUUAUUCUGAAAAUACAUUUUAUUACCCAAUCUGCUCCUGACAUUAAAUAAAACUCCAAAAAUUAAAUUCCGGCCCUCAAACCCCACAACAGGAUUUAAUUAACCUCGCCUUCAAGGUGUACAAUAAUAGAAAAAAGUUGCAAUUCCUUGCCUCCACUGUGAGACAAACCCCAGCCACAUCUCCAGCACACAAGAACUUCCAAACGCCUGAACCGCAGCAGCCAGGCGUUCCUCCAGAACCUCCUCCCCUAGGAGCUUGCUACAAGUGCCAGAAAUCUGGCCACCAGGCCAAGGAAUGCCUGCAGCCCAGGAUUCCUCCUAAGCCACAUCCGAUCUGUGCGGGACCCCACUGGAAAUCGGACUGUCCAACUCACCUGGCAGCCACUCCCAGAGCCCCUGGAACUCUGGCCCACGGCUCUCUGACUGACUCCUUCCCAGAUCUUCUUGGCUUAGCGGCUGAAGACUGACGCUGCCCGAUCACCUCAGAAGCCCCCUAGACCAUCACGGACGCCGAUCUUCGGGUAACUCUCACAGUGGAGGUUAUCAUUUAACAUGGAAGAAGAUGAGUUCAUUGGAGAAAAAACAUUCCAACGUUAUUGUGCAGAAUUCAUUAAACAUUCACAACAGAUAGGUGAUAGUUGGGAAUGGAGACCAUCAAAGGACUGUUCUGAUGGCUACAUGUGCAAAAUACACUUUCAAAUUAAGAAUGGGUCUGUGAUGUCACAUCUAGGAGCAUCUACCCAUGGACAGACAUGUCUUCCCAUGGAGGAGGCUUUCGAGCUACCCUUGGAUGAUUGUGAAGUGAUUGAAACUGCAGCAGCGUCCGAAGUGAUUAAAUAUGAGUAUCAUGUCUUAUAUUCGUGUAGCUACCAAGUGCCUGUACUUUACUUUAGGGCAAGCUUUUUAGAUGGGAGACCUUUAACUCUGAAGGACAUAUGGGAAGGAGUUCAUGAGUGCUAUAAGACGCGACUGCUACAGGGACCAUGGGACACUAUUACGCAACAGGAACAUCCAAUACUUGGGCAACCCUUUUUUGUACUUCAUCCCUGCAAGACGAAUGAAUUCAUGACUCCUGUAUUAAAGAAUUCUCAGAAAAUCAAUAAGAAUGUCAACUAUAUCACAUCAUGGCUGAGCAUUGUAGGGCCAGUUGUUGGGCUGAAUCUACCUCUGAGUUAUGCCAAAGCAACCUCUCAGGAUGAACGAAAUGUCAAUUAACAAGAUUCUUCUGUUGAGUUUAGGAAUUGCGGCACGAAGAAUGCCAAGAGUUUACCUGGCCAGCCCUGGCUUUAAUAGGACCGAUACCAUGGAAUAUUUCAUCUCACUAAGAUUUGACAUGGAUUAUUUUUCCCUUGGACACAAAUGUCUACAGCAACUGAUGUUUGAUAGACUGAAUGUUUAGAAGAAACACUUCAAAGGCAUACAUCAUGGCCAGGCAUGGUGGCUCACACCUGUAAUCCAAGCACUUUGGGAGGCCAAGGUGGGAGCAUCACUUGAUCCUGGAAGUUCGAGACCAGCCUGGGCAACAUGGUGAAACCCUGUCAGUACAAAAAAAUACAAAAAUUUGCCUGUUUAUGGUGGUGUGUGCCUGUAGUCCCAGCUCCCCAGGAGGCUGAGGUGGGAGGUUGGCUUGAACCCAGGAGGCAGAGGUUGCAGUGAGCUGAGACUGUGCCACUGCAGUCCAGCCUGGGUGACAGAGCCAGACACUGUCUCGGGAAAAAAAAAAAAGACACAUCACUAUAAAUAGCAAAAAAACAAAUCUAACUUAUUAAUACUAGGAAUACCAACAUUAUUAGGGCACUUGCAGGUUAUUCUUUUCUAGGCCAAGUACUUCACUUCCAUUUGUCUGACAUGGAGAUUGAGGGAGAAAUGUAUUUGUGUGUUCAUUUUAAUGUAAGAUAUAUAAAAAUUAAAUUACUGGAUUUACCUGUCCCUGAAACUGGUGUUAUAAACAUGACCUAUCUUAAGUGAUUCUCCCACAAUCAAACUCAGGAACAAUAGAUUAUUUCUGUUUUACUCCAAAAGAGAGAGAGAGAGUGAGUGUGUGUGUGUGUGUGUGUGUGUGUGUGUAUGUAUGUGUGGGUGUUUGUAUAGAUAGAUAGAUGUAAAACAAAGAAAAAACACAAUAUUUUACUGUGAGAUAAUAUGUUUUACCAGCAAAGUGUGGCAUAGUAAUUAGAAGUUUUCUAAAAAGCUAUAGGAGACAUUUAAACAUUAAAAUUUCUUUUUGACCUAUAGUAAUAAAACAAUGGUCAUUUUACCCCUCUGCUUCUCAACCCCACAGCUGCUCUGCUGUACUCUUUGAGGGCUCUUGAGCGAGUCUUCAUGUCCCUGAGACUUAUUUUCCUCAUCUUUAAUUUGAAAAUAACAAGCUACCUCAUAGGGUUGCUGUGAGAACCACAUGAGAUCAUUAAUGCAUGAUAAGAUAUUGUAAAGUAUUAUACGAAUAUUCAUUAAAUGCUCACCUUUCUUGUAUAUAAUUGGUAUUCACUAAGGCUGUAAAUAAGUUUCAUAGCCAGUUAAGUAUUAAGAUAAACCUAACCUGGAACAAUUUUUUUUUUUUGGUUGCUUCUUUUGUUUUUUUGUUUUCAUUUGCUAGGAGCUGAAACGAAGAUUAAAAUGUCAUUGGCUUUUUAGAGAGUCUAGAUUAGUGUCUUUGAAUGAGGGAUAUACUUAAAAUCACCUGAGGAUUGUUUACAGCUACAGAUGCUGGGGCCACCUAACACAGUCUCUCUGGGGGUGAUUCUGCUCUGGAGAACCUCUGGUCUGGAUAUACCUUUAUUGUGACAUUGAUUUGUAUUGUUUUGCUCUACUGACAGGCCUUUUCCAAUCCAUACAAGCUGAACUUGCUUCCUAAUGUUUGUCUAGGCCUUACAUGGAUAAUAAGAAAGCUUAGGAGACAUGUACACAAGGCAGCCCACUUGUAGGAAACCGGUUCAGGUGAGGACAUCAUUCACCAGUGGAUCACCGAGCACCGUGACAGCACCCUCAGUCCACAUCUGCAGAUUAAGAGCUGAACUCUCACAGAGAAAGUGGAAGUAGAGAAAGGGUUAAUUCAAACUGCUAGAAAAGCUAAAAGUAAAUUUUAAAAUGCUGAGCUGCCCAUAUUCAUGCUAGGAUGAGAGCUGGCUUAAAUGCUUGCUGGGCAUUUUGGUAUUUACCACUUAGCAUGUUUUCAACUUCUGUGAGGGAUUUUCCCCCCACUCUCCCUAAUGUAAACACAGAUUUCUCAGCAAGUCAUUUCUCAAGCCAUGUCGUUUCUAGUGUAAAAUAAAUUAUAAUAAUGUGUCAUCUGAAUGGUGUUCUUGUCUGCAAACAUUAGUUAUCCUUUGCUAACAGAUUCUGAGAUGAGAGUCUAUCAGUUUGGGGCCAAUGUUUAGUUUUUUUAAAAAAAGUUAAAAAUACAACUUUUUCUCUCAUCAACAAAGACCUAAAAAUUCAUCAGUGGCAGAAAAAAGUUCUGAGGAGCUCCUGUAGAUUGGGGAGGACUUUCUUCCCAGAUAGAUCCAUCUCCUCAAGCAGCUUGAUUUCUUUCUAGAAUUUUUUUCACUUAAAAAACUUCUAAUUUUUGGUUGAUAACAAUUUCCAUUUUUAUAAAUGCAGUUAUGCUAACAGAAUGUUAUCCUGACCGUUAUUAAACAUUAGAAGAUAUUUGGUUUUGUUGAAGUAACUGUUCUUUCUCGGCAAUAUGAGGAUUUUUUCUCCCUGCUUCCUCAAAUAAUGUACAACAUCUAUCAGAAUUAAGGCUGGGUAAAGUUAGCUUCCAGCUGACCUCCUAAAUUCUGCUUCUGUGUGACCUUGGAAAAAUUUCUUCACCUCUGUGGUCCUCAGUUUCUUUAUUUGUAAAAUAGGGAAAUUCAGCUAUGUGUCUUUUGCGACAACCGUGAAUUUUUAGGUCUGUGAAGUAGAAGUCCAGAGAUCUAAACUCUGAGGCUGGUUAACUGCUAGCUGUGUGACUUGGGCCAAUUUUCUUAUUUCCUUCUUAAACUAUUUCUGAAAAAUAAAGCCCACAGUAUCUAUGCUGCUUACCUGACAACGCAUAGAGAAGAUCAAAAUGAUACAUAAAACUGAAUGUGCUUUAACCAAGGCAGUGAGACAUGGAGUGAGGGGUGACAGUGGAUAAUGACCUGCUCCUUCAGCGACACUAGCAUCCCUACUCCUCUCCACCUCAUUGUAUGCCUGAGCCCUCCCCAGUGCCAAGCGCUCUCUGAUCUGGGGAGUCUUUUCCUUCACACCCUUAGCUGACUGUUGCUUAUGCUGGUGCCCACCUGGAAGUGCUUCCUUCCCCACAGGUCUACCCAAUUCCCACCCUGGUGUUGGUGAUUCACUGUCACAAAGCCACCUCUGACCACCACAGACCCCAAUCAGUGCUCCCUUCAUUACUCACUGUCCUUAGUCACUAUGAGCUUUUAGCUGCCUCUCUUCUGCUCUAAUUUCUCCCCAACUUGAUAAGUAUUAAUUAAGUCAUUUCAGGUGUUGGCCACUGUCCUUGAUUUGCUCUGUUGCAGCAUACACAGAAGAAUGUCUGUGUGUGCCACCUAAGUAGAAAGGCUCUUGGGUUGGGAAUUUGAGAGGUGGGAAAACUCUUUGAGGGACCAGUGGAGGGAGCAGUGAGGGGAGCAGAGGCUGUGUUGCUCAGCAGGUACUAGCCUAUGAGCUAAUUCCCCUUCCCCCCAACAAACGCUUAUUAAAAUCAAGAGAAAAAAGGCCAGAACUGGGUUUUUGCAUGUAUUUCUCCUAUGAUAGGUAUAGUGGUUUUUAUUCAUACUCCUGAAAUAUUAGGAAAUAGAGCUCUGCAAUGUCAAAAUCAGCUCUUACAUAAUCCAGAGAUAUUCCAGUGAGGUUUUUUUAGGGUUAAAAUUUAAGAAUGAGAAUAUGAAAAUAUUCACUUCAGCAGAUUUCCUCUUACAUACUGAAUCCUAGGCCAGGUGCCACAGAUAGCAAAUGGGGAGACAUAAGAAUGCCACAGUCCAGUGGAGAGGACACACAAGAGGAAGCUUCAGGAACAGUAGGCUGCAUGCUGUGGGCAAGCAUAUGCCAAGGAAGGCUUUGCAGAAGAGGAAUGUGAGUGGAGUCUCGAAAACCUUAUGACUUAGCCAGGUCAAGAGUGAAGGAAGAAUCUUGAAGGUGCUUGUGGGGAAGUGGUGAAGAAUCAAGCUGGCUAGAGCAGGACUGGGGCCAGCUCGGGAAGAGUCUUUACUGUCACACUGAGAAUUUGUAUUUGGCCUGAAAACCACAGCCACUGCUGGGAUUCAAAUAGAAAAGUUAAAGUGAUCACAUUUGCGUUUAAGGAAGAACCUGUAUUUUUAAAUGGCUGCUGCAUAUAACUAAUCAUCCAUACACUUUGUCAGGUUUCAUUUUGUUUUGUUUUUACUGCAGUGUCUUAGCCACAGGAUUUAGAAGGUUGAGGAGCACAGCAGGGGCUGAGAUUGUGCCAAAGACACUUCAGU